AUGGAGGAAACGAGAGACAACCAGAAUAAUGAGCAAAACAACGGACAAGCUGGAGCUCCUCAACUCAACAAUCAAAUUGGGGCUACCGAACUAGUCCAACUCAUGCAAGCGUUCAUUACCGCUGCGACUGCGAAUAGCCAAAAUCAGCGCGGAGCCCCGCACACACCUCGAGGACCAAUGACUAGAAGUCAGGCACUAAAUGAAUUCUGCAAGCGCCGGCCGCCCUACUUUCAAGGAGAACCUAACCCCACAGCUGCGGAAGCUUGGCUAGCAGAAACCAAGAAAAUUCUUGAAACCCUAGACAUUCAAGAGGCCAGCAAUCGAAUUGCCCUAGCUACCUAUCAGAUGCAGAGUGAAGCUCAGCAUUGGUGGGACCUCAUGAAGAACACCCAUGAUGUGGCAACAAUGACUUGGGACAGGUUCGAAGAAAUUUUCCUUGACAAGUAUUUUCCAGCACCUGUCAAACAAGCACUGGCCUCGGAAUUCAUGAAUCUCGAGCAAGGCACAAUGACUGUGACCCAGUACGCAGCACGGUUUGAAGAACUGUCUCGCUAUGGCACAAAAAUCAUACCUACUGAUGACGACAAGGCGAGAAAAUUUGAGUGGGGACUCAAUGAGACACGCCGAGCAGUAGUGGCGCAGACGCUUCCCACCUACUCACAAGUGGUGCAAUGCGCACUUAAGAUGGAGAGAGAAAGCUUGGAUUUCAAGACAAGACGUGAGCAGAAAAAGACAAUACCUACAAUUGGAGGACCUAUCCGCACCAACCCUACCAACCGGGGUACCUUAACCUCCCAACCCUACCACCAAAACUACCAUCGCCCGCAACCGAUACAACCCAACCCAGCUUGGAGAAAUCCCAACCCAGGGUUCAACCGAAACCCUAACCCUAAUCCAAACCAGAUCCAAGUAUUAAACCGAGGUCCGAACCCUAAUCCUGGACCAAACCGCAACCUUUUUCCCCAGAACCAAUACCCAGUCCGCCGCUGUUAUUUCUGCCAUGAAGAAGGACAUAUCCAGAUCAACUGUCCCAAGUUGAUCGGAGUUGGAAGCCAGGGGGGACAGCCGUCGCAAAACCAAGUCAGGGCUGCAGGAAUUGGGAAUCAGAAUCAAGUUAGACCGGCUUGGAAUGGUAACCAACCCGGAGGACAGAACCAGCCUCGCGGUGGGUGGAACCAACCACCAAUUCAGAACAAAGGAUCGAACGGGCCAAUCCAGCCCAAUGCUGGAAGGGUGUUUGCGCUGCAAGGGACGGAAGAGGAGAUGGACCCCGCAGUAAUCCAAGGUACCCUCACUCUUUUUACUACAUGCGUUCAAGCAUUAUUUGAUUCUGGAGCUUCGCACUCAUUUAUAUCUACCACAUGUGUAUCUACACUUGGUUUAGAAACUGAAUCUCUAAAGACAGCUAUGCAUGUGACCUCACCACUAGGGGGUAAGAUUUCGGUAGUACUAAUUUGUAAAGGGUGCGAACUAGAGAUAUCAAACUUACGGUUAACAUGCGACUUACGAGUAAUCGAAAUGACGGACUUUGACGUCAUACUCGGAAUGGACUGGUUGACUGCACACCGAGCUGUCAUAGACUGCCAUCGAAAGAUGGUGACAGCCUAUUCGCCAGAUGGAACGAGUUUCAAGUUUAAGGGGGAUAGACAAGACCCAUCUGCACCCCACGCGCACAAAACGAAGUGGCAUAGGAAGCUUGCUGGAUGGUUAGCAAGUCUCACAUUGGAGGAAACGGACCGAAUGGAGUUGGGCCUCCCUCACGUUGUCCGCGAGUACGAGGAUGUAUUUCCAGAAGAAUUACCUGGAUUAUCGCCGCCAAGAGAAUUGGAUUUCACCAUCGAGCUACAACCCGGCACGGCUCCAAUCUCAAUGGCCCCGUAUCGAAUGGCUCCGGCAGAACUACGAGAGUUGAAAACACAAUUGCAGGAACUCUUAGAGAAGGGUUUUAUCCGACCUAGUACCUCACCAUGGGGAGCUCCAGCGCUUUUCGUCAAAAAGAAAGAAGGAACACUCCGACUCUGUAUCGACUACCGCCAACUCAACAAAGUCACCAUCAAGAACCGAUAUCCUCUACCGAGAAUAGACGACUUGUUCGAUCAACUGAGAGGAUCGACUUGUUUCUCAAAGAUUGAUCUAAGAUCUGGGUAUCACCAAUUGAGAAUUCGGGAUUGCGAUAUACUCAAGACGGCGUUCCGCACGCGUUAUGGACAUUACGAGUUCAUAGUCAUGCCGUUCGGUCUAACCAAUGCUCCUGCUGUUUUCAUGUGCCUGAUGAACCAAAUUUUCACGCCGUACUUGGACAAAUUUGUGGUAGUGUUCAUCGAUGACAUCCUGAUAUACUCUCCAACGGAGAAAGAACACGAAGACCACUUGAGAAUUGUCCUCCAAGUACUUCGAGACAACCAUUUGUAUGCGAAGGCCAGCAAGUGCGAAUUCUGGAUGAAAGAAGUCAAAUUCCUGGGACACGUAGUGUCCGAGAAAGGAAUCUCAGUCGACGACAGCAAAGUAGAAGCAGUCAUGGACUGGAAAAGACCUUCUACGGUAUUUGAGAUUAGAAGUUUCUUGGGAUUAGCCGGUUAUUACAGAAGAUUCAUUCAGGAUUUCUCCAUCUUGGGAAAACCAUUGACACGAUUGACCCAAAAAGGGGUUAAGUUUGAAUGGAACGAAGCAUGUGAGAGAUCAUUCCAAGAACUUAAGAAGAGGCUGACUAGCGCUCCUAUAUUGGUCAUACCUGAACGAGAUGCAGGGUAUACCGUGUACUGCGACGCAUCUAGAGAUGGAUUGGGAGCGGUACUCAUGCAAAAUGGAAAGGUAGUUGCUUACGGAUCCCGACAGUUGAGGCCACAUGAAAAGAACUAUCCAACUCACGAUUUGGAACUGGCCGCAGUAGUAUUCGCCCUAAAGUCUUGGCGACAUUAUCUAUACGGAGAGCAGUUCGAGGUGUUCACGGACCACAAAAGUUUGAAAUACUUAUUUACCCAGAAAGAGCUGAACAUGAGACAAAGGAGAUGGGUGGAAUACUUGGAGGAUUUCAACUUCACAAUGUCCUAUCAUCCUGGAAAGGCAAACGUAGUCGCUGAUGCGCUGAGUCGCAAGAACCGAGGACAAGUGGCUAGCUUAGCCAUAAGAGAGUGGGAAAUGAUGGAAGAUCUUAACAGAUUCAAACUGCAGCCUACCGCAGAGGGCACCGACGCGUGUCUCUUCGCUGUAGUCGCAACCCCAGCCUUACACCGAGAAAUUCUUUUAGCCCAAACCUUUGAACAAGAGUGUGAUUUCAUCAGACACCAAUUCUAA